CGGACACAUUAGUGAAGUUGGUACGAGUAUUACUUGGGUGUCCAUCCGGGUUGCUGACACCAGAGUAACACUCAGCCGGAGAGUAUAUAAAUGUCCCAUUACCCAGUGCAGGCAAUCCCUCUUCAUUCAAAUAUUUUUUCUCCAUUUAUUUGUUUCAAGAAGAGAAUAUAGCAGAGACACUGGGAGAACCUUUUCGAGCAAUAGUUAUAUUUUCCCGCUGAAGCACAGCCGACCGAACCGUCAUUCCAUUCCAUACAUCACACUCUAGGUCAAUAAAAAGAACAAAAGCCCAACGAAGACACCAUGGCAACCGAAACCGCGCCCCCGUCGUCCAAAAAGCUCUACACGGGCAGCUGCCACUGCGGCUUCGUGAAAUACACCGUGAACGUCGACAUCAACCAGAUCCCCCCCAGCCGCUGCAACUGCACCAUCUGCCUCAAAAAGGGCUCGAUAUCCGUCCGGCCAGAGAAACGAGAGGACAUCACGCUGCUUUCCCCGGCCACAGUUGACGAGCUGACCGAGUACAGCUUCGGCGAGAAGAGAAUGCGCCAUUACUUCUGCCAGACGUGCGGGGUCGCCUGUUUCAUUUUUGGGAAGUAUGGGGACAUGUAUUUUUGGGUUGUGAAUGGGUUGACGAUUGAUACGGACCAGGGGAUUGAUUGGAGUACGAUUCGGUUGCAGUAUUGGGAUGGUAUCCAUAAUGGGUGGGAGAAGGGGACGAGAAGUGAGCCGUAUCCGAACGGGAGUUGGUGAGGAGUGAGUACAUGGUUAUCUAUUUAUCUAUUUAACUUUUAUAUUUUUUGACCUUCUCUUUAAUACUGCUUUUUUCAUCCUCUCUCUCCUGUUGUGCAAACAGGUUGGGGAUUUUGAGGGCUGAGCAUUUGAGGGGCUCAACUCUAUAUGAGAUCCAUGGAUCUAUCUAUGGAUAAGAUGGCUCUACAACGCUGAAUUUCUCUAUCACUGACAGACAGGCAAUGAAAUACGAUUUCUAUAUCGUCAUAUUUUAUCUCGUGCUAUAUAGAUGACAAUCUGAUCUCUUCUUCUUGAUAGCUGUGUUUUCUCCAACUGAACCAAUGCAGAUACGGUAAUAUUGAGAUGGAUAGAGGCUAGCCGAAUAGUAUGGAAGAACAAUAAUAAUAGCCUCACUCAUAUUGUAUCUGAAGAAUGUCUACUAAGCAAAUCUAGUCAACAAAAUAGCUAACUCUAGAUAUUUAACACCAGAAUUUACCGACCGUUUAUGUGGUUGAGGAGCGGUUGAGAAUAUUGAGAGAAUUGUAAAAAGUAGACUCUUCGUUUCCCAAUCUACAGCUACUAUAAAGGCUC